AUGAGAUACGGGCAGCUUGUGAUGGGGCCUGCUGGGAGUGGCAAGUCCACAUACUGUGCAACAAUGCAACGGCAUGGCUUUGACGAUAAGCGGAUGAUAAAGGUGGUCAAUUUAGACCCGGCUGCGGAACAUUUCGACUAUCAGCCCUACCUGGACAUUCGAGAUCUGAUCCAGCUGGACGAUGCGAUGGAAGAUGAAGAGUUGCGUUACGGUCCGAAUGGGGGACUGAUCUUUUGCAUCGAGUACCUCAUCGAACAUUCCGAUUGGCUCCGGGAUCAACUGUGCGGUGUUGGUUCCGACGAUGAGGACGAUGCACAGGGCACCGAGGAACCGGACGAUGAUUACGUGCUUUUCGAUAUGCCUGGCCAGAUCGAACUUUACACGCAUCUGAAAGCGGGCCACACUUUAGCACGAUUGCUAGAGUCGUGGAACUUUCGCCUUUGCUCGGUAUUCCUCGUGGAUUCACAGUUUAUGAUUGAUGGUGCCAAAUUUUUAUCCGGCACGAUGGCUGCAUUAAGUGUCAUGGCCAACAUGGAACUUCCGCACGUGAAUGUACUGAGUAAGAUGGAUUUGCUAAGCAAGGGACACCGCGGACAGAUGGACAAAUAUCUCGAUCCGGAUGCGCACGCACUGCUCGGUGAAGUUACGAGCGAAUCUGCCUGGGGUCGCAAAUAUCGCAAGUUGUCGGAGACAAUCGGUAUGUUAAUUGAGGACUUUAGCUUGGUUCGUUUCACUCCGCUUAACAUAAACGACGAAGAGAACGUGGCCGACUUGUUGCUAAUGAUUGAUAAUGUCAUACAGUACGGUGAGGACGCAGAUGUGAAGGUGCGCGAUUUUGAUCCACCAGAGGCGGACGAAGCAGCGGAGGACGACAGUCGAUACUACCGCGAGGACUAA